GCUGGGCAUUUGAGUAUACUUUUGUUUCUCCGUGGGAAUGAUCGCAACCAACCGCACUACUCUGCCGUGGUAGUCGUUGCUACUACCUUCGUGAAAGUACAUGUGAUGAUGGAAUCUGAAAAACCUGCUGAUGCUGGUACCCAGCCGGAUGCAGCUCAGACAGACGAGUCCGCAAAGCUGCGAGAGCUCGAAGCGAACGUUCGAGAUCAAGAUGACCUCGAAAGAGAGCUUGGCCAUCAGGCUGACCAACUGCUUAUGGAACAAGCAGACGAGAGAGACCUGAAGAGAAUCGAUCGCACCACAAAAGAGAAGUCAAAAAUCGAGGAUCAGAUAUUGAAACUAUAUCAACGGCUAGAGCAACCAGCUGGCCCCGCUCUCAGAGUUCGCAUUGAAUCCGAAAUAACGAAAGCGCAGGAGAAACUGUCUACAUUAGAGUCGGACUUGAAGGAGAUACAAGAGCGGAUUGAUAACCGGCAUCAAACCCAAGAUGUUGCACCAGCGACUGAUACUGGGAGGCUACCCAACGAAUCGCGACGGGACUACCUCAUUCGCACGGGAAAAAUCACGCCAUUCUCGCAGAUGGGAAGUGGUCCCAGGGAGGGCGCGCUGGCCACUUUACACGACGCACUUAUCGAUGCUGAGGACGAACGCGACGAGGCAGAAGCUUUACAGGAUGCCUCCAAGAGAGUGACUGUCUCCCAUCGUAAUUUACGCCUUCCUGGACUGGGUCUUAGCGAUGUUGGUGAGCCCAGCUCGGAGGAUUUUGCGGACUCGGAUCGGGCGCGGAAGCGAAGAAAAAUUGCUCGUGGUGUUGCACAAAAAGCUACGAAGCAUGCUCGGCGGAGUGAUGCCGAAGAUGAUGAUUCCUACAUGGAGAGCGAAGAAAGCGAACCUUCUUCUACGGACGAAUUCGACCCUACUCCAGGCGAGGUUCGGAGAUCAAAGACUACUCGGAGAAUAGAAAACGAGGAUAUCGAAGACCUCAGAGGCUUAGACGAUGGCAAUGAGGAGUAUUAUCAAGAAAGACUUAGACGCUGGGUUCGUCGUAGAGCUGCGGCUCGCAGACGAGUGGGCGAGAUAAAAGAGGAGACAGAAGCUACCGAUCGCAGGGAAGAGAAUCCAUUGGCCAGGGAGGGAGUCGAAGAAUGGUUUUUACCACAUCCGACCGUCCCUGAUGCGGAAUAUGACGGCGGCUAUCGUGUUCCUGGCGAUAUAUUCCCAGUUCUCUUCGACUAUCAGAAAACUGGCGUGCAGUGGCUUUGGGAACUUUACCAGCACCAAGUUGGGGGUAUUAUUGGCGACGAGAUGGGACUUGGUAAAACUAUACAGAUCAUUUCAUUCCUAGCAGGCCUCCAUCAUAGCCACAAACUGAAAAAGCCCGUUAUUGUUGUGGCCCCGGCCACUGUGAUGAAACAAUGGGUUACUGAGUUUCAUCGAUGGUGGCCUCCCUUCCGCGUCUCGAUUUUGCAUACUUCUGGAAGCGGUAUGAUCAAUGUUCGAAAUGAAAGCAAUCGUGAAAAUGCAUUGAACACCCAAAUAUGGGAUCCGAAUCAACCUUAUACCAUGACGAAAGCUCAAAAAAUGGCAAACAAGAUCGUGCAAAGAGUUGUUGAGGAGGGUCAUGUUCUCGUAACUACAUACUCUGGCCUGCAAACGUAUGCUCCUGUUCUGAUUCCGGUUGAAUGGGAGUGUGCUAUCCUCGACGAAGGCCAUAAAAUUCGUAACCCGAAUACAUCAAUUACUAUACACUGCAAAGAGCUGCGCACCCCACAUCGCUUGAUUCUGUCCGGCACUCCGAUGCAGAAUAAUCUGUCUGAACUGUGGUCUCUAUUUGAUUUUGUCUUUCCCAUGCGCCUGGGCACUUUGGUUGAUUUUCGGAAUCAGUUCGAAUUCCCCAUUCGCCAAGGCGGUUAUGCUAAUGCAAGCAAUUUGCAAGUGCAGACUGCAGCACGGUGUGCAGAGACUCUGAAGGAAGCCAUAAGUCCGUAUCUUCUGCAACGAUUCAAAAUCGACGUGGCUGCCGACCUACCUAAAAAGAGCGAACAAGUUCUCUUUUGCAAACUAUCGCCACUUCAGCGCAAGGCUUACGAGCAAUUUCUGAAUUCCCAGGAAUGCAAUUCCAUUCUCGCAGGCAGGAGACAGGUUCUGUACGGAGUUGAUAUGCUACGCAAGAUCUGCAACCACCCUGAUCUUGUAACUCACAAGCUUUUCUCCUCAAGGGCUGACUACGGAGAUGCUUCUAAAUCCGGGAAGAUGCAGGUCGUCAAGGCGCUUCUUGAGCUAUGGAAGGACACGGGACACAAGACUCUACUCUUCGCGCAGCAUCGUAUCAUGCUGAAUAUCCUUGAGAAAUUCAUCAGGACGCUCCCAGGUUUCAAUUACCGAAGGAUGGACGGCGAAACCCCGAUUCAACGUCGCCAGAACCUCGUGGAUGAGUUUAACAAUAGUCCAGAUAUUCACGUUUUCUUGCUCACAACCAAAGUCGGGGGACUUGGUGUUAACCUCACGGGCGCUGAUCGUGUCAUUAUUUACGACCCAGAUUGGAAUCCAUCAACCGACAUGCAGGCACGAGAGAGAGCAUGGCGGCUUGGACAGAAACGCGAAGUCACCAUUUAUCGCUUGAUGACAGCCGGUACUAUUGAAGAAAAGAUUUAUCACCGACAAAUCUUCAAACAGUUCCUGACGAACAAAGUUUUGAAAGACCCAAAGCAACGACAGACGUUCGAAAUGAGUAAUCUCCAUGAUCUCUUCUCACUGGGACAGGAAGACCAGGCUGAAACUAGUAAUCUUUUCAAGACCGAGGUCACUUACCAAGAAAACAGCAAGGCCAAGGGGAAAAAUGGGAAGGAACAGAAGCUGUCUCCUGGCCAGCAGGAUGUCAAGAAUGUUGAGGGAGUCGCAGCUGUAGAAGAGUUUCACAACGAAAAGGAAGAAGCAGCAAUCAAAGAUGACAAGGAGCAAGGUGCCCCAAAUUCCGAAGCUCGCCUGAUGGAGGUCAUCUUCUCACAAUCUGGUGUUCACUCUGCUCUUGAACACGAUCGCAUCGUGAACGGCAAGAAAGUCAUCGCACCAGACCGAGGUAUCAUCGAAGCAGAAGCGAAACGCCUCGCAGCCGAAGCGGCAGAGAAGCUCCGCAAAGCCGAAGAAACAGCGCGGUUGGUCCCAGUCGGGACCCCAACAUGGACUGGACAGUUCGGCAUCGCAGGGAGACCCGAGGAUAGGUCUCGCUCGGCGUUUGGAGGAGCGGCCAGUACUGCACGGGGAGCUGGCGCUGGUCCAUCAUCCGCCAGUAUUUUAGCAAAUCUUGCGAAUCGCACCGGUCGAAAUAACUACGGUAACAAUAUUGAACCAGCUUCAGGAGGUGGCAAUGGUCAACCCGAGUUCUUGCCGAUGAUCCGAGAUUACAUGCUGGCCCAGGGGGGAUCGGUGUACACACAGAUGCUGAUUGAUCACUUCAAUCGAUUCUGCACGACCCCCCAGCGAUCCGCCGAAUUCAAGGAGGUCCUCAAGACGGUGGCGGUGUUGGAUAAGGGCGGCCGUAACGGACGCGGAAAAUGGUCCCUGAAAAGGGAGUACGCCAAACGCAAAUAAUCAUAUUAGAGCAUAUCUCCACAGAGACAUAGAAUUGUAAUGAUGAUUAAUGAUAUACAAUGAUGAAUAAUAAAGGGGCGUGCUGUGAUAUCAAUAUUAUGGGGUGUGGAGCGGGGA